AUUGCAAGAGGGCAAGACAAGGUCUCCAUCGUGAAGCUGCUUAUGCCCGACAGAGGAGGCAGCAGAUGCUCAGGGCUCAGUGUGAUAGCUCCCAGGUAGCUGGAUGGAGUAGAGAAGCCUCAGCAGGAAAAUGAGAUUCAUCCUAACAAACCCCAAUUUGGACAUAUGAGCUACUGGGUUUUGUGUGUUUAUCAUACACGAGACACUUUGUAAGAGCUUUAUGACCGUGAUCGCGUUGUACUACUGCCAAGAAGCCUUUGAGCUGACUGCUGAAUUUAGCUUAGUGAAGGUCAUCAACUGAAUGCAGUUUAAUAUCUAAUGGUUAUUUUCUGGUUGAUAUUGAUGGCACGGAAAACCUCACGGAAGAAAGCAAUUCAAGAUUGCGCUUCAUGUCAGUAGAAAUGGACAGCAGCAGUUUUAUUCAGUUUGAUGUGCCCGAGUACAGCAGCACUGUUCUGAGCCAGCUAAACGAACUCCGCCUGCAGGGGAAACUAUGUGACAUCAUUGUUCACAUUCAGGGUCAGCCAUUCCGAGCCCACAAAGCCGUCCUCGCUGCCAGCUCCCCCUAUUUCCGGGACCAUUCAGCAUUAAGUACCAUGAGUGGCUUGUCAAUAUCCGUGAUUAAAAAUCCCAAUGUGUUUGAACAGUUGCUGUCAUUUUGUUACACUGGAAGAAUGUCCUUGCAGCUGAAGGAUGUUGUCAGCUUUCUGACCGCGGCCAGCUUUCUUCAGAUGCAGUGCGUCAUCGACAAGUGCACGCAGAUCCUGGAGAGCAUCCAUUCAAAGAUCAGUGUUGGAGAUGUUGACUCCGUGACUGUCAGCGCUGAGGAGACAACCGAGAGUCGUAAUGGAGUUAAGGACAGCAGCUUCUUUGCCAACCCGGUUGAGAUCUCCCCUCCGUAUUGCUCUCAGGUACGGCAGCCCACCACGAGCAGCGACCUUCGGAUGGAGACGACGCCCAGCAAAGCUCUGCGCAGCCGCUUACAGGAGGAAGGGCACUCGGACCGAGGGAGCAGUGGGAGCGUUUCCGAGUACGAGAUUCAGAUAGAGGGGGACCAUGAACAAGGGGACCUGCUGGUGAGGGAGAGCCAGAUCACCGAGGUGAAAGUGAAGAUGGAGAAGUCCGACCGGCCCAGCUGUUCCGACAGCUCCUCGCUGGGGGACGACGGGUACCACACGGAGAUGGUGGACGGGGAGCAAGUUGUGGCAGUGAACGUGGGGUCGUACGGCUCCGUGCUGCAGCACGCCUAUUCCUAUUCCCAAGCAGCCUCACAGCCAGCCAGCGUCUCCGAAGCUUUUGGAAGUUUGAGUAAUUCCAGCCCGUCCAGAUCCAUGCUGAGCUGUUUCCGAGGAGGGCGCGCGCGCCAAAAGCGGGCUUUGUCCGUCCACCUGCACAGUGAUCUGCAGGGCUUGGUGCAGGGUUCCGAUGGUGAAGCGAUGAUGAAUAACCCCGGGUACGAGAGCAGUCCCCGAGAGAGGAGUGCAAGAGGGCACUGGUACCCGUACAAUGAGAGGUUGAUCUGUAUUUACUGUGGGAAGUCCUUCAACCAGAAAGGAAGCCUUGACAGGCACAUGCGGCUCCACAUGGGCAUCACCCCCUUUGUGUGCAAGUUCUGUGGGAAGAAGUACACGCGCAAGGACCAACUGGAGUACCACAUCCGGGGCCACACCGAUGACAAACCAUUCCGCUGUGAGAUCUGCGGCAAGUGCUUUCCAUUCCAAGGUACCCUCAACCAGCACCUGCGGAAAAACCACCCCGGCGUCGCGGAAGUCAGGAGUCGCAUCGAGUCCCCUGAGAGAACAGAUGUGUACAUGGAACAGAAACUAGAAAAUGAUGCAUCCGCCUCAGAGAUGGCCCUAGAUUCCCGGAUGGAAAUUCACACAGUGUCUGACGCUCCUGAUUAAGAUGGUAACGAAGUGCACCCAAACAAAGCACAUUAAUCAAUGCAUAUUUGUGAUUUGCUUUGUUGUAAUCUUUGGUUUUCCCAACCAUCUGGAAAUCUCUCGGUCUCUUGGCAGUUUUUCUAAGGUUUCUGGAAGGAACACUUCAUUGUGUUUAUCCUUUCCCCCCGCCCUCCCUCUCCCAAGGAGCUCAAAGCAUGAAGGGCAACGUAUCCAGGGAAAACACAGGCUGACAGUAUUCCUCUUUGGCUGAACUCUUAAUCCAAAAUCUGCCAGUGAUUUAGCUAUGCCAACUGGUUGACCCUACAUUCUCUGCCAAGAGGCAUGCUCUCUCGUGUGCGCUGGCAUCGGUGCGUUUCCAUGGAGAGAGACCAGGAUGCCGUCAGCUGAUACAAAUGGGUAACCUUUUCUAAUUUAAAAUGACUUCUAGGGGGUAGUUAGACAAUUUAUAUAUAUAUAUAUAAUAAAGUGAUUAUUAUAUAUAUAGUAUAUAUACAUUCUCAAAUUUGAUUUUAUUCUGGUUGAGGUGAAUGUAAGAGGAAUAUAUAAUUUAAUACAAUGUGAACAGGGCUUUUGACUCUGUCUCGUCCCUACCUGAUGUUAGGGUUUUGCCCCUUUAUUUCCCUUACAAAAGAAUGUUAAUAGGUUUUCAUAUAUAUUAAUCAUUGUGUCCAAAAGCAAGCAAAGCAAAUCACAGUGUUCAUAGCUCUGCUUCGUAACAAGUACAUAAACCAAAUGCCAUAAAAUGUAUUCAACUCUAGUUGGAAACCGUUUGGAAUUUUUGUUCGUUGUCCAGUAGGUAAGCUGGAUGACCCGUGGUGCUGACCUUUUUACAUAUUGUAGUGUUAUAUUAGCCAACCCCAAAGGAGCAGUGGUUUUCAAUGUUUUUACUGGCUUACGAAUCUACCUUCAUUCCGUACUGUAGAAACAUACAUACCAGGUAACUAAAUCAAAUCACUCUACCAUGAGUUAGUACUCGCACUAAAGGAAAGGGAUUUGUAGUUCUGUCUACAAAAUUCUCCAAGCAGUGUUGUGGGUUUUUUUUUCCCCCCUCUCUCUCUCUUUUUUCAAACAGCUAGUUCAGGUGCACAGCAACUUUUCUACAUGCAGUUCCCAGGGAAACUGCAGAACUUGGAAUUUGUACUUUUUGUAAAGAUAUACUCUAUGGGAAUUGCAAGCAAUAUCUCUAUCUUAGUAUUGUGUGUGCUAAUGAGAGCAGUGGCUCCCCCACUCUCAGUGUUUCCUGCUUAAAGAAACCAACAGUCAAAAAGCCCUCUAUGAUACUCUGUGUGUCACCAAAUCUGUGUGUGUCACCAUUUUUUUUGGUCACGUGGUGCUAUUUUUUAUGUUCCGUAUCUUUUAGGUCAGUAUCGUUGUAGAAAAUGUGAAAUCUAAUGGUCAUAGUGAAUUACAGGUUUUUUUCCCCUCUCUUGAGUUUGUAGCUUGAAGAGAGACCUCAAAAUCAUGUGCUGGCAAACACAUUACUGUGUGAGAACACACCUGAGUCCUGUUUGAGUAACGUUUUGUGAGCGCUCUAGGAAAAGUCUUCAGUUCUGUAUUUUGUUUCCCCGUGUGCUCGUAGUAAACAAAACGGGCUUCCCGAGAUCUCUUCGGUACUGUGUACUCCCAUAGAGGAAUCUCGGCAGCAGUCGGAUGGUGUGUUGGUGCUGCAGGCUGCCCGCAGAAUCUGUGCCCGAGAACCUCGGCCCUGAGACCCGCAGCCAGUGUCUUUCCACAGGGGAACAGCACAAACCACCUAAAAGCAACACGGACACGAAAUAGACCAACCUCAGAGGCUAGGAGUUAAAGGAAUACAAAAAUAGACGUUUGCCGGUUUUCCAUGCUUUUUUGGCUCUUAAAAUACCAAGAAUGGU